AGCGUGAGGAUUGAUCAGCAGGUCCCUGCUGAGCUGCUUGUAUGUAAGGCGGCAGCAUCUACACCAUGCUCCCUGCACCGUAGCCCCAGCUUCCCUCUUAUCAUCUUACUUUACAAAUUUUGCAAUAUUUAGUUUCUUUUUUUUUUUUGCAAAAAAAACUAAAAAGAAAGAGAGGGAGGUGCAGUCGUAGUGAGGUGGUUUUAAUUUUUUAUUUAUUUAUUUAUUUUUUGUUUCAUUCAUCACAUUGAGUCUUCAGUGCUCUGCUUCGUGACAGGAGGAACGACAAGGUACAGAAGCCCGAGAUACAAGCAGGUUCCUAUUGAUGGUGAGCUCCAAAAGGUUCUCAGUUGGGCGUCUCAAGAACGGACAGGUUUAUUCACCGAGAGAGGGGGGGAGAAGAAGCGAACACAGCCAUCCCCCCCCUCCCUCUCCAUCCCAGUCCUCCUCCCCCCUUUCCUCUUGAGGAUUUUCCUUGCAUCUGGAUCCCCGUGGAAAGACAGAAGACAAGAUGACCACAGUGGUGAAAGAUGGUAGUGGAAUACCACACAUGCAAUAUGUGGGGCCAUAUCGGCUGGAGAAGACGCUGGGGAAAGGGCAGACAGGUCUCGUAAAACUAGGGAUUCAUUGUGUCACGUGUCAGAAGGUUGCCAUCAAAAUCGUCAAUCGAGAGAAACUCAGCGAGUCUGUGCUAAUGAAGGUGGAGCGUGAGAUUGCUAUACUGAAACUAAUUGAACAUCCACACGUCUUAAAGUUGCACGAUGUCUAUGAAAACAAGAAAUACCUAUACCUAGUCCUGGAACAUGUAUCUGGGGGAGAACUGUUUGAUUAUCUUGUGAAGAAAGGACGCCUCACACCAAAGGAAGCCCGCAAGUUCUUCAGGCAAAUCAUCUCAGCACUUGACUUCUGCCACAGUCACUCCAUCUGCCACAGGGAUCUGAAGCCAGAAAACCUCCUUUUGGAUGAGAAGAAUAAUAUCCGUAUUGCAGAUUUUGGGAUGGCCUCUCUGCAGGUUGGGGACAGCCUGUUGGAGACCAGCUGUGGUUCCCCCCAUUAUGCCUGCCCAGAAGUGAUUAGGGGAGAGAAAUACGAUGGGAGGAAAGCAGAUAUAUGGAGCUGUGGAGUCAUAUUAUUUGCUCUGCUUGUGGGUGCCCUCCCAUUUGAUGAUGAUAACUUACGGCAACUUCUAGAGAAGGUGAAGCGAGGGGUCUUCCACAUGCCGCACUUUAUUCCCCCUGACUGUCAGAACCUUUUAUGUGGAAUGAUUGAGGUGGAUCCCACGAAACGACUCACGUUAGAAGCCAUACAGAAGCACACUUGGUACAUCGGAGGGAAAAAUGAGCCGGAGCCGGAGCAGGCCGUUCCUAGGAAGGUACAGGUAGGAUCGUUGCCAUCACUCGAGGAUGUGGACCCUGAUGUACUGGAGAGCAUGCACUCGUUGGGCUGCUUCCGAGACCGCAACAAACUGCUGCAGGACCUGCUAUCUGAGGAGGAAAAUCAGGAAAAGAUGAUUUAUUUCUUGUUGCUGGAUCGGAAAGAAAGAUACCCCAGCCAAGAAGAUGAAGAUUUGCCCCCUAGAGUGGAUAUUGACCCCCCCAGGAAAAGAGUGGACUCGCCCAUGCUGACCCGCCAUGGAAAGAGGAGACCGGAAAGAAAGUCCAUGGAGGUUCUGAGUGGGACAGAUGGAGGAUCUCCUGUGCCAGCAAGGAGGGCUAUUGAGAUGGCACAGCAUGGACAGAGGUCACGUUCUAUCAGCGGUGCUUCUUCUGGACUUUCUACCAGUCCGAUCAGCAGUCCCAGGCCUAUGAGGAGGUUUUUCCCCCUUUCCCAGUCACCAACCCCACCUACAUCUCCUCACCAAAUACUGACCUCAAACCCCUCUGGACAUAGUGAUCCUACCCUAGCUCAUCCAAAAACCCACACCUUCCCUCCAAAGCCUAGAGCCUCAGAGAAACCUCUCCAGACCACCCGAUCUCACCCUCUUCCUUCCACCAACUUCUCUUGCAUUUCACCAAAGUCUCCUAACCAUCCGGCUGGACAGAUUACUUGCCGAACUCCAGCAAAGCUGGCUGUCUCUGAUUUGGCACCCAAAUCUGUGCCCCUUAUACAGGUCACCCCUCAUCCAUCACCCCGUGGCAGCCCCCUCCCUACUCCCAAGGGGACUCCUGUCCACACACCCAAGGAAAGUCCAGCUGGCACCCCCUCCCCUACCCCUCCAUCCAGCCCCAGCAUUGGUGGAAUGCCUUGGAGAACCAGGCUGAACUCUAUCAAGAAUAACUUCCUGGGGUCACCACGAUUCCAUCGGCGUAAACUGCAAGUUCCCACAGCUGAUGAAAUGACCAAUCUGACACCAGAAUCAUCGCCCGAACUGGCCAAGAAGUCCUGGUUCGGUAACUUCCUCACCCUGGAAAAAGAGGAUCAGAUUUUUGUGGUCAUAAAAGACAAACCUUUAAGUUCCAUCAAAGCAGAUAUUGUACAAGCAUUUCUUUCGAUCCCAAGUCUCAGCCACAGUGUGAUCUCACAGACCAGCUUCCGAGCAGAGUACAAGUCCACAGGUGGUCCGUCUGUCUUCCAGAAGCCGGUGAAGUUCCAGGUGGAUAUCACAUACACAGAGAGUGGAGAGAAGCAGAAGGACUGCGGGAUAUACUCAGUCACAUUCACUCUGCUCUCAGGUCCAAGUCGAAGGUUUAAACGGGUUGUUGAAACAAUUCAGACUCAGCUUCUUAGCUCACAUGACCAGCCAUCCGUACUGCAGCUUUCAGGAAUUAUCCCAAAAAGUUAACCAGCCGCCCUUCACCGCCUCCUCCUUUCCCCCCUACGACUGCCUGGUCAGAAGGUGACUCUUCCCUGUGCCAACCGAAUAGCGUGGAGCCCGCCGCCGGGACCGGCCCUCUCCAAGAGAGUGGCCCCCAAGGACCCUCAGGAACCGGGUUAUCAUCAAGCUGUAACAUGACAGGAGCGAUGAGGGAGCAAGUGACUGCGGCUGGAGCCUUUGUGUGGGUGCUAAUGUUCUGUUACCUCAGUGAUAACCCUUCCCCUGACAGACUGCUUGGCAUUGGCGACUGCUGCACCCACUCUCGUGCCCCCCCACACACCUCAUAACACCUAUGGGUGGGUGCAGCUUUCUAGGCAGGGACAAAAUGGAGGGAUUUAAUGCUGAAUGUAUUUAUGGGGUUAAGUUUACACGCACACAUACAUACAUGUAGCCCAAACACACCUACAUUUGAUUCCUUAUUGGACAGCGCCGCAGCAUAUGUUGGCGCUCCCUAUACAAAACAUACAGGAACAAUAGCCGCAUGGCCUGGGAAGGGUUAAACAGGGGCUGCGUUUUCCCCCCCCUAUUGCACCCCCCCCCCCACCACCAAGUUAGGGCAGUGCCCUAUUAUUCAGCUCUUCAUGGUAUGAGGGGUGGGUGUGACACGUCAGGGUGUACACAGGGAGGGGAGGGGCAUGGCCUGUUGCAUAAUGUGAAAUAUUGGGGCUAUUUUUAUAAAGGUUUGUAUGUCUGCUGGGGAGGGGGUGUUAUUCUUUGUGUUUAAAUUAUUAACUGCUGGCUGCAGGAGCGGCCUACGGAACAGUGUCCUACAGCGCUUUGGGGGUAGUGAAUACGUCUCAAAAUGAUACUCUCUUUACAAACAGAGUUUUUAUUUACUUUAUAUUUCUAUAUACGCUUAGUAAAGUUCAUCGGCAAAGGCCAGUCUGCUUAGGGACCCCUAUCAAUCUGCUUAUUUCUUUUACAUGAAGGCAGCCAUAUUGGAUGGAGACAUUAAUGCAACUGCACAGUGAGGGUACAAUCUCAAUAAUGUAAUAAAUGCAAGUUUCUGGGCUUUGCUGCUCCAAACUGGGCCAUAUUAGACCAUGCAGCAAUGCUGGAUCCCUCUAAAACCCCACCCACUUCCUGGUAACCACCUCCCCUUUUGGGGGAUCUCCAUAAUAUAAGUAACACUGAGAUGGUUUUUUCAAGUGUUUCAUUUGAAUCGCUUACCACUCUAUUGCCCCUAUGGUCAUUUAGAGCAACCCUGCAGUUAAAUGGGAACUAGGGUUGGCACUGCAAUUCAUUGGCUGUCUGGUUGUUAGGAUCAGGGACUCUAGCAACCAGAGAUAAGGCUAAUUGCUAGGGACAGAGGACUUUGCACCCCAAAAUGAGCAUCAUUUAGACCCACAUGAGGGGGCGCAAAGUAACCCUUAUCCUUAUCUGCCCUACAGAAGGGGAUUUCCCCACAGGGCAAAGUAGUGGGAGGAGCAGGAGGCGGGGUCAGUUGUAAUAAGCUAAGAAGUAAUGGACUAUUUGCACUCAGUGUAUUUAAACCCUGAAGGAGGAGCAUGUCGGGGUUAUUAGCCCUCUGGUUAUAGACAUGUGCCCCCCUCCGGAAAGCGAAUGCAGCACAGUGUUCCGCAGGCCCUCUGCGCAGUGUGUGGUGUGAAAGUCUCUGUUAUUUAUAAAUACGAUAUAAAUAUAUAUAUUUAAGCGACUAGUUGUGCAAGGAUGGCGACUGCAUUGAACAAUUUCCUGUAAAUAAUUGGAAUUUCUGACAUGCCCUGCGGGUGGGAGACACAGCACAAUAUACAGGUGUAGGUGCGGCCGGCUGGGGUCCCGGGCAGAAAUGCACCUACGACAGGAAAACCACUAUGUGCAGCCUCUGGGCCGGCACCACCUCAGGCUUCCGCACCUAGCGCUCCUGCCGGCCCUUCCUCUCUGCAUUCUACCUGCUUACAUUGUAUAUAGAGUCACAACAAGCAAAGAUAAGCGGUGCUGAAGUGCGGGGCAGGAGAGGGAGCUGGCAGGGCAUGGCCCCCUUUUACUAGCCGGACUGGCAAUCUGGAGACUCUGGCACACACCCCGGGGGCUGCUGGGAGCUCUGUGUACUUGAAAUGCCAAGGCCUAUUUUGAAUCUCAGUCAAAUGGUUUGUGCCGCGGCAGUUCUUCCUCUUCCUGCCCUUCAAUCCUGCGUAUGUUACAGUGUUACCCCCCUGCCCACCCUGCUAGAGGGCGCUAGAGCACACUGUUCUGUGGCAGGCGUGGGGGUGGGGGGGAAUAGCAUCCGGACAGCAAUACUUCCCUUGUGUAUCCAGUACAACCAUUGGGCGCACACAGCGGCAUGUACCCGCCUGGGCUGGCGCCCAGAGUGGAAACUGAACGGCAGAGUAAACAAUAAAAUUGUUCCGUAUGUAAAACGCC